AUCGAACAUAGUGGAGACCGAGAGUGGGAGAGGCUAUAGUGGCAGAGCUUACAUUGGGAGGUCCUUGUCCUUGUGUAAUUGGCAGAGCAUAAUGGUAGCAUUUAAAGGGAUCUGGACCAAGGACUUCUGGAGGGCCGUGUCUGGGGAGUACCUCGCCACGCUCGUCUUUGUCCUGCUCAGCCUCGGCUCGACGGUCAACUGGGCCGCGGGGCAAGAGCAGCCCCCCCCGGCUGACUUGGUCCUCAUCUCCCUGUGCUUUGGUCUGAGCAUCGCCACCAUGGUGCAGUGUUUUGGCCACAUCAGCGGCGGACACAUUAACCCUGCCGUCACAGUGGCCAUGGUGGUGACGCGGAAGCUGAGCCUAGCCAAGUCGGUGUUCUACAUACUGGCUCAGUGUCUCGGAGCUGUUACAGGAGCCGGGAUCCUCUACGUGGUCACGCCUGCAUCGGUCCGAGGGCCUCUGGGUGUGACAUUGGUGAACCCUAAGAUCUCAGUCGGCCAUGCCCUGGUGGUGGAGCUGCUCAUCUCCUUUGAGCUAGUCUUCACUGUAUUCGCCACCUGUGAUCCCAAACGCACGGACGUCGUCGGCGGCUCUGCUGGCCUGGCCAUCGGCUUGGCGGUAGUCAUUGGUCACCUGUUCGCAAUCCCCUACACGGGAGCCAGCAUGAACCCGGCGCGCUCCUUUGGGCCUGCGAUGGUCACACUGAACUUUGAGAACCACUGGGUGUACUGGGUAGGGCCCAUUCUGGGCGGCCUCCUCGCUGCCGCCCUGUACGAGUACCUGUACUGCCCAGACCCGGAGCUGAAGAAGCGAUUCAAGCAGGUCUUCCAGAAGGACCCAUCCGGGAAGUACAAGGAAGUGGACAGCAGCGUGUACCUGGGGGAGCCGGAGGACAUGGUCAUCAAGGUGGACCCUGUCCGUCUGCCCGUAGACCUGGAGAAGACGGACAAAAAGGACCCGUUCCGAGACCCGACAGGGGAGGUGCUGUCGUCUGUAUGACUAUCACGUGCGCUGGAGACGGAGACCAAUCUGUAGGGGAGGUUGAAGGAGCAGAGUUUGGAAAAUCCAUCCGUCUUCAAGGACUGGCGUUUCAGCCCUGAGCCACUCUCGCGUCACGAAGCUAAUGCAACACUACUGUCCAAUCAGGCCGUUUAAGCGCACUCAGACACGUAUCCACUUCUAAUCCAAUUCCUCAGGUGCAGGAUGGCCGGGUAAGUGCGUUGGCACGACGCACACAUUUCAUCUUGCGGACCGACAGCCAGCAAUACAUUGUGUCAGGGAAAUAUGUGCAGGGUCAACCAAUUAUGCAGGGUCAUCACGCUGAAUUUGCGAGGGGGUAGGAGAAAAGGCAGCCUUGUUAUUUCCGGAUUAGUGUCACAUUUUUGUGCAUGUACUGUGUAUGUAUAAUAACGUGCGAUGUCCCCCUGUGAUCAUUAAGCAAAUUGCAGGUCCAUUUGUACUUGUUAGCAACGUUUGUUGUGUUUAAAAAGCGAGGUGUCCCCCCGUUCUCGGCGCACACAGCUCUGGAAAGGUUUCCGUCCACUCGUUAUGCAGAU